CUCGUGACGGCCACCCUCCCCUCCCCCGCCCGCCCUCCGUCUCCCGAUCCCCGGCUCCCCUCGGCCUCCCGCGGACGCGCGCCGCAGAUGGGUCCCGCCACGCAGCAGCGCCACCGGACGCGCGCGGGGCGGCCGGCCGCCAGGCGGCCCAGGGCGGCGGCCGGCGCUGACGACGGCGGCGUCAGGUGCGAGGCGUGCGGGUCCGGCAGCCACGCGGACGAGCUGCUGCUCUGCGACGGCUGCGACCGCGGCCUCCACAUCUUCUGCCUCCGCCCCAUCCUGCCCCGCGUGCCCGCCGGCGACUGGUUCUGCCCCUCCUGCGCCGCCCCCGCCGCCCCCGCCCAUUCGGCCAAAUCCGCCGCCGCCGUCCAGACCAAGAUGCCCAAACAGUUCCCGCUGAUCCAGACGAAGAUCGUGGAUUUCUUCAAGAUCCAGCGGCGCACGGCGUUCGCGGCCGCCGAGCCGCCGGAGGGGAAGAAGAGGAAGCGGAAGGCCGCCAGCGCGCUGGUGGUGUCCAAGAAGAAGAGCCGGAAGCUGCUGCCCUUCACCCCCAGCGAGGACCCCGGCCGCCGCCUCACGCAGAUGGCCUCGCUCGCCACCGCGCUCACGGCCACCGGCGCCGUCUUCAGCAACGACCUCACCUACGUGCCCGGCAUGGCGCCUCGGUCCGCCAACCAGUCCGCCCUCGAGGCAGGAGGGAUGCAGGUGCUGCCGAGGGAGGAUGCAGAGACAUUGAGCCUGUGCAAGAGGAUGAUGGAGCAAGGGGAAUGGCCCCCUCUCCUCGUCGUCUUCGACCCGGUGGAAGGAUUCACGGUCGAGGCAGACAGGCACAUCAAGGACCUGACCAUCAUCACCGAGUAUGUCGGCGACGUGGACUACCUUCGAAACCGCGAGCACGACGAUGGCGACAGCAUGAUGACCCUGCUCUCCGCUGCGCCGCCGUCCAAGAGCCUGGUCAUCUGCCCCGACAAGCGGAGCAACAUUGCGCGGUUCAUCAACGGGAUCAACAACCACACGCCGGAAGGCAGGAAGAAGCAGAACCUCAAGUGUGUGCGGUUCGCCAUCGACGGUGAGUGCCAUUGUCUCCUGGUGGCCAACAGGGACAUCUCCAAGGGGGAGAGGCUGUACUACGACUACAACGGUGACGAGCAUGAGUACCCAACUCACCAUUUUGUAUGACACAUGAGCUGAUGUUUAGUCUGCAUAUUCAUUUAUGUGUCAUCAUAGGAAAAUGAUUGGGCUGAUCCAUUCCCCCAAAAGUCCACAUGUAGAGUCAUCUAGUUGGUUGAUAGAUCUCGAAUUUUUUUACCUGGAAAAAGGAAAAAGGGGAAUUGUUAAACGUUGUGUAUCCAAUGGAUUGGAGUGCAAUGGCAAAUGGGUUUGUUCUGUUCA